AUGCAAUUGUCGAUGGAAAAUGCCUGGGUUUUUGUGACUGAACAAGUGUCUUUGGAGAUCAAAAUCGGGUCUUAUGUGGAUCAAAUUCAAUGUGAGGUCGUGCCUAUGAAACUUACUCAGGUGGUUCUUGGUAAACCAUGGCACAAUGAUCACCAAGCACGACGAAGCAUGAGCACCAACAACAUCAUCUUAAGGCAUCAAGAAAAGAAACUUGCCUUAAUACCAUUAUCGUUGAAAGGAGUUGCUGAAGAUAGGAGGCAAUUACAACAAGCCUAUGAUGAGGAGCAAGCGAAUCUGGAAGUAGAGAAAUUGUCGAUCAACUGUCCAGAAUCACAGAAGGAGAAAGAGCAAGAGGCUGUCAGUGGUGCAAGAUUCGUUGAUGUGGAUAAAAGUGAUGCUUCCUUAAACUCAAUCCAUGGUGAGGAAGUUGAGGUAGAAGCUGGAGUCGAAGAAGAGAAAGAUGAGGUUUUGGUUGAUGGACUUACUAUAGUCACUUGUGAAGAUGAUGCACAAGUUUUGAUUUCAUCUCAAGAAGAACCAAAAUUUGAAGUAGGAGAGAAAGUUGAAGAAGAGGCAGAAGAAGUAAAAGGAGAUAUUCUUGUUGAUGUUCCGGAUUUGAGUGUGCGAGAAGUUAAACAAUACAAUAAGGAAUCAGAAUGCAAGGGCUGA